GGGCUCCGCCUUCGCAGGUUGAUGGCAGCAGCAGCUGGGACUGCAGUGGCGCCCGGCCCCGGAGAGCCGCACGCAGCGGCUGGAGCGCGCAGCCCCACACCCGGGCCCGGACGCCGCGGACACCCGGAGCGGCAGCUCCUUCCGGCCCCUGCCGCCUACCUCGGAGCCAGCGCGCCCCCAGCUCCCUCCGCAGAGGAGUCGCUGCGUGAGCGCCCCUCGGCCCGCCCAGGACCAGUUCACAGGACUAAGGACCGAAGGCGUUUCUGGGCACUGAGAGCCUCCAUCGCUGCCCCCAGCCAUGAGCCGGCGCGUGGUUCGGCAGAGCAAGUUCCGCCACGUGUUUGGGCAGGCGGCAAAGGCCGACCAGGCCUACGAGGACAUCCGUGUGUCCAAGGUCACAUGGGACAGCUCCUUCUGCGCCGUCAACCCCAAAUUCCUGGCCAUUAUUGUGGAGGCUGGAGGCGGGGGUGCCUUCAUCGUCCUGCCUCUGGCCAAGACAGGACGAGUGGAUAAGAACUACCCACUGGUCACUGGGCACACUGCCCCUGUGCUGGACAUCGACUGGUGCCCACACAAUGACAACGUCAUCGCCAGUGCCUCAGAUGACACCACCAUCAUGGUGUGGCAGAUUCCAGACUAUACCCCUAUGCGCAACAUUACAGAGCCCAUCAUCACACUAGAAGGCCACUCCAAGCGCGUGGGCAUCCUCUCCUGGCACCCCACUGCCCGGAAUGUCCUGCUCAGUGCAGGUGGUGACAAUGUGAUCAUCAUCUGGAACGUGGGCACCGGGGAGGUGCUCCUGAGCCUGGACGACAUGCAUCCGGACAUCAUCCACAGCGUGUGCUGGAACAGCAAUGGCAGCCUGCUGGCCACCACCUGCAAGGAUAAGACCCUGCGCAUUGUCGACCCCCGCAAGGGCCAGGUGGUGGCGGAGCGAGCCCGGCCUCACGAGGGCGCCCGCCCGAUGCGGGCCGUCUUCACCGCAGACGGGAAGCUACUCAGCACCGGCUUCAGCAGGAUGAGUGAGCGACAACUCGCGCUCUGGGACCCGGAGAGGUUUGCGGCCCACGAGGGGAUGAGGCCCAUGCGGGCCAUCUUCACGCGCCAGGGUCAUAUCUUCACCACGGGCUUCACCCGCAUGAGCCAGCGAGAGCUGGGCCUGUGGGACCCGAACAACUUCGUGGAGCCAGUGGCGCUGCAGGAGAUGGACACGAGCAACGGGGUCCUCCUGCCCUUCUACGACGCCGACUCCAGCAUCGUCUACCUGUGUGGCAAGGGCGACAGCAGCAUUCGGUACUUUGAGAUCACCGACGAGCCACCCUUCGUGCACUACCUGAACACGUUCGGCAGCAAGGAGCCGCAGCGGGGCAUGGGGUUCAUGCCCAAGCGGGGGCUGGACGUCAGCAAAUGCGAGAUCGCCCGGUUCUACAAGCUGCACGAAAGGAAGUGUGAACCCAUCAUCAUGACUGUGCCCCGCAAGUCAGACUUGUUCCAGGACGACCUGUACCCAGACACGCCGGGACCCGAGCCGGCCCUAGAAGCGGAUGAGUGGCUGUCCGGCCAGGACGCCGAGCCCGUGCUCAUCUCGCUGAGGGAUGGGUACGUCCCGCCCAAGCACCGUGAGCUCCGAGUCACCAAGCGCAACAUCCUGGAUGCGCGCCCGCCCUCUGGCCCCCGCCGCAGCCAGUCAGCCAGCGACGCCCCCUUAUCGCAGAACAUGCUGGAGACGCUGCUGGAGCAGAUCAAGGCCCUGCGCGAGCAGGUGCAGGCCCAGGAGCAGCGCAUCACGGCGCUGGAGAACAUGCUGUGCGAGCUGGUGGACGGCACGGACUAGCGCAGCGCUCCCGACGGCUCCGAACCUGGAGGGUGAGGCCGACCGGGCGGGCGCAAGGGCUCGGCCUGCCCAGGCUUCGGGCUUGCAACCUGGGACCCCGCCUCUGGGCUGGGUACAGGACUGGGAAUGGAACGCCUUCCCCCGCGGGAAGCCUGGACAAUGGAGCCUCAGGGAGACGAGCACCCGUCGAGCACCCACGCCGCGCGCCUCACCCGGGACCCGGCAGGAGCUGGCCUGGCGAGGUCGGGGGACGGGGCCUCCGCCACGGUGCUGCGCGGCCAGACGGCGUCCGCUCUGUCCCGCGCUCAGGGCGAGGAAGUGCCUAGUUGUUAGCGAGAUGCUUGGGGAGACGGGGGGAGCUUGGGCUUGACCUCAAAGGGGGGGGGGCGGACCGACGGGUGUCCCUGGACUGGCUGGGCAAUGACAGGCCACGCCCUCUGACCAGGUCACACGACUCCACCCACGAGCGGUAAAGCGGCCGAGGCCGCCCCAGUUCUACAGACGCGGACCACCCGUUGUCCGUGGAGCUGGACCCGCUGGCUGCGCCCAGCAGAGGGCUCUCUCCCUUCCUCCCACGGGGAGGGCGGCUUCCUCGAGGGGGAGGGCGAGCAACACUCGCCCGAGGAAGCAGGUUCACCCCCUCUCCCCUGCGCCCCCCCAACACACACUGCCCCCAGCCCUCGGCGUGGCCCCGGCUCCAGGAGGAAAACAAGUCAUGCGGAAUGAAAUCUUUUACUAAGUGUUCA